GAUCCUUGGCUUCCUCCAUUAGAGCUUCAGUAACGUCACACGAGAGCAUCCAGCGCAUGCACGAAUCAUUAUUUCAACACAGAUAUGGCUUUCCAUCAGUCUGUCGGUUGGACGGCGGGAUCGGCUGGAUUCUGCACGAACGCCAGAGCAAUGGUCUGAUAACUGCAUCGCUUUUCUGGUUCAGCAUCUUUCUGAGGUGCUUCAGGAAGAGUUUCACAGCUUUAAGAACUGUGUGAUGAAGACAUCAGUGAUGGAUCUUAAAGUGGAACCUAUGGACAUUGAUUACGACCAGCCUCCUCCUCUCCAAGUGUUCGCUCACACCUCGACUCUACACGGCAUCUCUCAUAUCUUCUCCUAUGAGAAGAUCACGGCCAAGUGCUGCCUCUGGGUUGUGUUUUUCCUCAGCUCACUGACCUUCCUCAUGUACGUCUCCAUCGAUCGGAUUCAGUUCUACCUGGAGUACCCUCACGUCACCAAGCUGGAUGAGAUCACGACACCCAUGAUGGUUUUCCCAGCAGUGACGAUUUGCAAUCUCAACUCCAUUCGCUUCAGCAGGAUCACACGCAACGAUCUGUACCACACGGGCGAGUUACUGUCACUGCUGAACUCCAGACAUGAGAUACGGGACACUCACCUGGUUGAAGAAAGCGUGAUGGAGGUUCUCAAGAGCAAAGCAGACUUUCGCUCCUUCAAGCCGCGUCCCUUCAACAUGUGGGAGUUCUAUAAUAGAACCGGACAUGAUAUAAAAGACAUGCUGCUCUCCUGCCAGUACAGAGGUUCGCCGUGUCGCCCCGAAGACUUCAGUGUGGUGUUCACGCGUUACGGGAAGUGUUACACCUUUAACUCGGGUAACACCGGCGCGCCGCUGAUCAGCGUGAAGGGAGGAAUGGGAAACGGCCUGGAGAUCAUGUUGGACAUUCAGCAGGACGAAUAUUUACCUGUGUGGGGAGAGACAGAGGACUCGUCGUUUGAGGCGGGAAUCAAAGUUCAGAUUCACAGUCAGGAUGAGCCUGCGUUUAUAGAUCAGUUAGGUUUCGGAGUCGCACCAGGAUUCCAGACGUUCGUUUCUUGCCAAGAGCAGCGACUGGUGUAUCUUCCUGCUCCAUGGGGCAGCUGCAAGUCAACCCCGCCGAGCUCAGACUACUUUAAAGUGUACAGCACCAGCGCCUGUCGAACGGACUGUGAGACGCGCUACCUGGUGGAAAACUGCAACUGCCGCAUGGUGCAUAUGCCUGGUGAUGCGCAGUACUGCAAUCCUGUGCUAUAUAAAGAAUGUGCACAUCCAGCACUAGAUUUCCUGGUGGAGAGGGACAGUGACUACUGCUCAUGUGAGACUCCGUGCAACAUCACGCGCUACAGUAAAGAGAUGUCCUUCGUGAAGAUCCCCAGCAAAGCAUCAGUCAAAUAUCUCGCAAAGAAGUACAGCAAAUCUGAGAAAUACAUAACGGAGAAUGUUCUAGUGCUGGACGUGUUCUUUGAGGCUCUGAACUAUGAAACCAUUGAGCAGAAGAAAGCCUAUGAGGUGGCCGGUCUGUUGGGUGAUAUCGGAGGACAGAUGGGGCUGUUCAUUGGAGCCAGCAUUCUUACGAUUUUGGAGCUUUUUGACUACCUUUAUGAGGUAAUGAAAUACAGGUUGUGCCGCUGCUCCAACAAGAAACAUCACAACAACAACAACACUGAUCACGGCACUGUACUCGGCCUGGAUGACGUUAAAUGUCACGUCAGUAAAUUUCAUUAACAUUCCUGCAGAAGUUCCAGCUGUUUGCCUGCCAGUCGUAUCCAGAUUAUGUUCUACAUUUUCGCAGAUGGCUUCACAACACCAGCAUGGUUGUGUUUUCUUCAGAUUGUUCUGGCAUCUUGUGGUUGUACUCUCUUUCUUAUGCCUAUGCGAUUUUUGAGGAUAUUUCCAGAAAUGUUUUGUGCUUUUCUGAAAACUUCUUUUGAUUUAUAAGGCAGGAAUGUCAAAAAGGUUUGAUAUUAAUUAAAUUGUUUGAUCAUUGUCUGCCUGGCCUUUUACGUCAGAAUUGCAUCUGCUAGCUUGAGGGGUUACUGUAUGUGUCAUAUUUUAUUAAUUCUGUGCAUCUUAAUGGCUAUAAUAUGGCUGUAAAUGCAUUGUGACAAGCGAUUCGUUGCACAAGGCAGUGUACGAGAGAACACCACUCUGAAAGGAAGAGCUCACCCUAAAAAGAAAAUUUGCUGAAAAUGUAUCUCACCUUCAGGCCAUCCAAGAUGUAGAUUUGUUUCUUCAUUAGAACAGAUUUGAAGAAAUGUAGCAUUCCAUCUGUAGUCAAUGGGUGCCGUCAGAACGAGAGUUCAAACAGUGAAGUGAAGUGAAAAGCUGCAUAUUUGUAAUAAAACAAAUCCAUCAUUAAGACCUUUAAAAUCAAACUGUUUCUUUUGGCUAAAAGUCCUCUAUCCGUAAUUUUGCUUUCUCCAGGGAAAAAGUUGUGUUGUCUGAAUCAGUAGAGAAAUAUGCACGGAUCAAACCCUGAUUCCAAGCCAAAACAUUAUUUUGGACUA